AUGGAUUACAGGGAUAUCCGAAGGCUCCCCACGGAUCUGCCCUAUUACCAUGGCCCUCUGUCCAAGAAAGACUGUGAGACCCUGCUGCUCAAGGAUGGGAUAGAUGGCAACUUCCUGCUAAGGGACAGCGAGUCUUUGCCAGGAGUUCUGUGCCUCUGCGUCUCGUUUAAAAAUUUAGUCUACACGUACCGAAUCUUCGAAGAGAGACGUGGGUUUUACAAUAUACAGACGGUGGAAGGUGCUCCCAAACAGAUCUUUCCAAACCUAAAAGAGUUGAUCUCCAAGUUUGAGAAACCAAGCCAAGGGCUGGUGGUGCACCUCAUACAGCCGAUAAAGAAAGCCAGCUCCUGCCCGAGGUGGAGAAGAUCACAGAUAAAGCUGGAUAGUAUUUAUGAGAACAACAGUAACAGUGACUAUGUGGAGGUCUUACCCUGAAGACAAAGAGACUGAACAAAGCAAUUAGAGAAG